AUGGAGAGGGCUCUUCAGGGACCAAGUUAUGAUGUGAGGAUUCCUCCUCCAGGCCCUGAGCCCGAGCCCCCACCUGUAGUGGUGCCCCUGGUCCCACCCCUGCCCUCAGACUUGGGGCUGCCCGGGAAGUUACCACUGACUGGAACUGACAAGAAGUACCCAGUGAUGAAGCAGCGUGGGUUCUACUCCGAAAUCCUCAGCCCUGGAAGCUUGGAUCAACUUGGGAACGUGUGCCGUGGGCCCUGCGUGAACCAGAACUUCCUACGUCAAGCCGACCUCAGCGAGUUCACCCCAAAAGUCGAAACUUUCAAGGUUCCUGAUGACUUUGAGGAGUGCAUAGAGCAGCAGAGCAUCGGGUCCACGACCAAGCUGCUCACCCAGACUGACUUCCCGCCGCAAGCCUAUGAGCCCAAGGUGCAGGUGCCCUUCCAGGUGCUGCCCGGCCAGUGCCCCCGAAAGAUUGAGAUUGAGAGGAGAAAGCGGCAGUACCUGAGCCUGGACAUCGAGCAAUUGCUGGCUAAUGAGGGCAUCGACUCCAACGAGCUCAUGCCAAGGCACCCAGAUCCCCAAAACCCCCAAACCAUUGAACAGGGCCAUGACCCACUCUUCCCCAUCUAUCUCCCACUGAAGGUGUUCGACAAUGAGGAAUUUGACUGUCGMACUCCCCAAGAGUGGAUCAAUAUGGGCUUGGAGCCAGGGUCAAACACCAGGAAACCAGUUCCUGGAAAAGCCCUCCUGCCCACUGACGAUUUCCUGGGACACGAGGACCCCAAGAGUCUGGAACUGGUCUACAAAUGGUGUGAGGUUGGUGUUCUGGACUAUGACGAGGAGACGAAGCUGUACCUGGUGCACAAGACGGAUCAGAGAGGCCUCGUGCGGGACGAGAUGGGGAAACCCAUAGUGAAUGGAGGGGUCACUUCCAGAGGCAGGCCACCCCUUCUGAUCUGUCAAUACUGGGUGCCACGGAUCCAGCUUCUCUUCUGUGCUGAGGACCCUCACGUGUUCACGCAGCGUGUGGUCCAGGCCAAUGCCCUGCGCAAGAACACAGAGGCGCUGCUGCUAUACAACCUGUAUGUGGACUGCAUGCCCACCGAGGGCGAGCGGCUCAUCAAUGAGCAGAGCCUGAAUAAGAUCAAGCAGUGGGCCWUGAGCACACCCCGGAUGCGCAAAGGUUCCGUGGUCCUCGAGCACCUCAGCAAUCUCGCCCGAGAAGUGAGCCUGGACUAUGAACGCAGCAUGAACAAGAUCAACUUUGACCAAAUUGUCUCCUCCAAGCCUGACACGUUCUCCUAUGUGACCCUGCCUGAGAAGGAGGAGGAGACGGUGCCAGAGCAAGGCCUGGUGAGUGUCCCCAAGUACCCCUUCCGGGAGCAGAAGGAGGACUUCACCUUUGUGUCCCUGCUCACACGAUCCGAAGUCAUCACAGCCCUGAGCAAGGUGCGGGCUGAGUGCAACAAGGUGACCGCCAUGUCGCUGUUCCACUCCAACCUCUCCAAGUACAGCCGCCUGGAGGAGUUCGAGCAGAUCCAGUCUCAGACCAUCUCCCAGGUGCAGAUGUUCCUCAAGGACAGCUGGGUCAGCACGCUGAAGGUAGCCAUGCGCAGCAGCCUACGUGACAUGAGCAAGGGCUGGUACAACCUCUAUGAGACCAACUGGGAGGUGUACCUCAUAUCGAAGCUGCGCAAGCUGAUGGAGUUGAUCAAGUACAUGCUUCAGGACACGCUGCGCUUCCUGGUGCAAGACUCACUGACCAGCUUCUCACAGUUCAUCAGCGAUGCCUGCUGCAGUGUGCUUGACUGCACCGAUGACAUGGUCUGGGGGGAGGACCUCAUAAACAGCCCCUACAGGCCCCGGAAGAAUCCCCUAUUCAUUGUGGACCUGGUGCUGGACAGCUCAGGGGUGCACUACAGCACAGCGCUGGAGCAGUUUGAGACAUCUCUGCUCAACCUCUUUGACAAGGGAAUCCUGGCCACCCACUCUGUGCCCCAGUUGGAAAAGAUGGUGAUGGAGGACAUCUUUAUCAGCGGCGACCCUCUGCUAGAGUCCGUGGGGCUUCAUGAGCCACUGGUGGAGGAACUCAGGUCCACCAUCACCAAUGCUCUGCGCAAGGCCAUGAUCCCCCUGCAGGCCUACGCCAAGGAGUACAGAAAGUACCUGGAGCUGAACAACAACGACAUCGGUGUCUUCCUCAAGGCCUACCAGACCCAGUGCCCAUCGGCAAACGAGGUGCGGGAGGUGGUGAAGACCCACCUGAAGGAGAAAGAGAUCCUGGACAACUCGCUGCCCAGCAGCAUCAUCAUUGGGCCCUUCUACAUCAACGUAGACAAUGUCAAGCAGAGCCUGUCCAAGAAGCGCAAAGCCCUGGCCACUUCCAUGCUAGACAUCCUGGCCAAGAACCUGCACAAGGAGGUGGACAGUAUCUGCGAGGAGUUCCGUGCUAUUAGUCGCAAGAUCUACGAGAAGCCCAACAGCAUUGAGGAGCUGGCCGAGCUGCGAGAGUGGAUGAAGGGCAUCCCCGAGAAACAAGUGGGGCUGGAGGAGCGGAUUGUCAAAGUCAUGAGUGACUACGAGGUUAUGGACGAAUUCUUUUACAACCUCAGCACAGAGGACUUCAAUGACAAGUGGGCUGCCAGCAACUGGCCCUCUAAGAUCCUCGGGCAGUUAGAGAUGGUGCGGCAGCAGCAUAUUGAGGAAGAAGAAAAGUUCCACAAAAUCCAGGUCAUGGAUCAGAACAACUUCCAGGAGAAGCUGGAAGGGCUGCAGCUUGUGGUAGCUGGCUUCUCCAUCCACGUGGAGAUGGCAAGAGCACACGAAAUUGCYAACGAGGUGCGGCGGGUCAAGAAGCAGCUGAAGGACUGCCAGCAGUUGGCAAUGCUCUACAACAACCGCGAGCGCAUCUUUGGCUUGCCCGUCACCAAUUACGACAAGCUUUCCAGGAUGGUGAAGGACUUCCAGCCUUACCUGGACCUCUGGACCACAGCCUCCGACUGGCUGCGCUGGUCUGAAAGCUGGAUGAAUGACCCCCUGACAGCCAUUGAUGCUGAGCAGCUGGAGAAGAACGUCGUUGAGUCCUUCAAGACCAUGCAUAAGUGCGUAAAGCAGUUCAAAGACAUCCAAGCCUGCCAGGAUGUGGCCUUAGAUAUUCGAGCCCGCAUUGAGGAGUUCAAGCCAUACAUCCCGCUGAUCCAGGGCUUGCGCAACCCUGGCAUGCGGAACCGGCACUGGGAUAUACUGUCCAAUGAGAUCAACAUCAACGUCAGGCCCAAGGCCAACCUGACCUUUUCCCGCUGCCUCGAGAUGAACCUGCAGGACCACAUCGAAAGUAUCAGCAAGGUGGCUGAGGUGGCUGGCAAGGAGUAUGCCAUCGAGCAGGCACUGGACAAGAUGGAGAAGGAGUGGUCAACCAUCCUGUUCAACGUGCUGCCCUACAAGGAGACAGACACCUACAUUCUCAAGAGCCCAGAUGAGGCCUCACAGCUGCUGGACGACCACAUCGUCAUGACCCAGAGCAUGUCCUUCUCACCCUACAAGAAGCCCUUCGARCAACGCAUCAACUCCUGGGAGAGCAAACUAAAGCUGACCCAGGAGGUACUGGAGGAAUGGCUGAACUGUCAGCGGGCCUGGCUCUACUUGGAGCCCAUCUUCAGCUCUGAGGACAUCACCCGGCAGCUGCCUGUAGAGAGUAAGCGCUAUCAGACCAUGGAGCGGAUCUGGAGGAAGAUCAUGAGGAAUGUCUAUGAGAACCGGGAGGUAAUCAAUGUGUGCGCUGACCAGAGAUUGCUGGACAGCCUUAGGGACUGCAACAAGCUGCUGGACAUGGUGCAGAAGGGCCUCAGCGAGUACCUGGAAACCAAGCGGAGUGCCUUCCCCAGAUUCUACUUCCUAUCCGAUGACGAACUACUGGAGAUCUUGUCCCAGACAAAGGACCCCACAGCCGUGCAACCCCACCUGCGCAAGUGCUUCGAGAACAUUGCCCGGCUGCUGUUCCAGGAGGACCUGGAGAUCACACACAUGUACUCUGCGGAGGGUGAAGAGGUGAAGCUGACCUUCUCCAUCUACCCGACCAGCAACGUGGAGGACUGGUUGCGGGAGGUGGAGCAGAGCAUGAAGGCCAGCGUGCGCAACUUCAUUGAGAGAGCCAUCCUGGCCUAUCCCACAAUGCCCAGGACCCAGUGGGUUCUGAAUUGGCCUGGCCAGGUGACCAUUGCUGGCUGCCAGACCUACUGGACCAUGGAGGUGGCACAGGCUCUGGAGGUCAACAACCUCAGCACCGAUCUGUUCCCCAAGCUCUCCGAGCAGCUCAGUGACCUGGUAGCCCUGGUACGAGGGAAACUGUCCCGUAUGCAGCGGGCGGUGCUGUCAGCACUGAUCGUCAUCGAGGUCCAUGCCAAGGACGUGGUGAAAAAGCUGAUCGAGGAGCACGUGGUCAGUGUGAAUGAUUUUGAGUGGAUCUCACAGCUCAGGUACUACUGGACCAAUAAUGAUCUGUACAUCCGGGCUGUGAAUGCUGAGUUCAUCUAUGGCUACGAGUACCUAGGCAACAGUGGGAGGCUGGUGAUCACACCCCUCACUGACAGGUGCUAUCUGACUCUGACUGGGGCCCUGCACCUCAAGUUUGGUGGUGCUCCAGCUGGUCCAGCUGGCACAGGGAAGACAGAGACCACCAAAGAUCUGGGCAAGGCCUUGGCCAUACAGACAGUUGUGUUCAACUGCUCUGACCAGCUCGACUUCAUGGCCAUGGGCAAGUUCUUCAAGGGCCUGGCCAGUGCUGGGGCCUGGGCCUGCUUUGACGAGUUCAAUCGGAUCGACAUUGAGGUGCUAUCUGUGGUGGCACAGCAGAUCACCACCAUCCAGAAGGCACAGCAACAGCGGGUGGAACGCUUCGUAUUUGAGGGGGUCGAGAUCCCACUUGUACCAUCCUGUGCAGUGUUCAUCACCAUGAAUCCAGGAUACGCUGGCCGCACUGAGCUGCCUGACAAUCUGAAGGCACUCUUUCGGCCUGUCGCCAUGAUGGUCCCGGAUUAUGCCAUGAUUGCUGAGAUCUCCCUCUACUCCUUUGGAUUCAAUGAGGCUAAUGUGCUCGCUAAGAAGAUCACAACCACCUUCAAGCUGUCCUCCGAGCAGCUCAGCUCCCAGGAUCACUAUGACUUUGGGAUGAGAGCUGUGAAGACCGUGAUCUCAGCUGCUGGGAACCUCAAGCGAGAAAAUCCCGAUAUGAAUGAGGAGCUGAUCUGCCUCCGGGCCAUUCGGGACGUGAACGUGCCCAAGUUCCUACAGGAGGACCUCAAACUCUUCUCGGGGAUUGUAUCUGACCUGUUCCCCACUAUCAGGGAAGAGGAGACUGAUUACGGCAUCCUGGACAAGGCCAUCCGCAAGGCCUGUGAGAAGAGCAACCUCAAGGAUGUGGAGGGCUUCCUGACCAAGUGUAUCCAGCUCUAUGAGACCACGGUGGUGCGGCACGGCCUCAUGCUUGUUGGGCCCACAGGCUCUGGCAAAAGUAACUGUUACAGAGUCCUAGCAGCCGCCAUGACAUCGCUGAAGGGGCAACCGUCCAUCAGUGGCGGCGUGUACGAGGCCGUCAAUUACUAUGUGCUCAACCCCAAGUCUAUCACCAUGGGCCAGCUGUAUGGGGAGUUUGACCUGCUCACCCACGAGUGGACAGAUGGGAUUUUCUCCUCUCUCAUUCGGGUGGGGGCCAUUGCCUCGGACACCAACAAGAAGUGGUACAUGUUCGAUGGGCCAGUGGAUGCUGUCUGGAUCGAGAACAUGAACACGGUGCUGGAUGAUAACAAGAAGCUGUGCCUCAGCUCCGGGGAGAUCAUCAAGCUCACAGAGGCAAUGACCAUGAUGUUCGAGGUGCAGGACCUGGCAGUGGCCUCACCAGCUACCGUGUCCCGCUGUGGUAUGGUGUACCUGGAGCCCAGCAUCCUGGGACUCAUGCCCUUCGUUGAGUGCUGGCUAAGCAAGCUCCCUGCUGUGCUGAAGCCCCACGAGGAGCAUUUCAAAAGUCUAUUUGUCAGAUUCCUGGAGGAGUCCAUCGACUUUGUUCGUUCCUCGGUGAAGGAGGUGAUUGCCUCAACCAAUAGCAACCUGACCAUGAGCCUCCUCAAGUUGCUCGAUUGCUUCUUCAAGCCCUUUUUACCUAGAGAGGGCCUCAAAAAAAUUCCUCCUGAGAAACUGAGUCGCAUCCAAGAACUGAUCGAACCCUGGUUCAUUUUCUCCCUGGUCUGGACUGUGGGUGCCACUGGAGACAGCAAUAGCCGUGACAAGUUUAGCCAAUGGCUAAAGACCAAGAUGUCCGUAGAGAAUCUGACUCUGCUCUUCCCUGAGGAGGGGCUGGUGUACGACUACAGGCUGGAGGACGCUGGGAUCAGCAGCACAGAGGAUGAUUACGAGGAAGACGAGGACAGCAAGCAGGUGGCCUGGGUGAAGUGGAUGAACUCCUCAGCUCCAUUUACCAUGACACCAGACACCAACUACUGCAACAUCAUCGUGCCCACCACAGACACUAUACAGAUGUCCUUCCUGCUGGACAAACUGCUCACCAAUCACAAGCCUGUGCUGUGUAUUGGGCCAACGGGCACAGGGAAGACGCUUACCAUCUCCGAUAAACUCCUCAAAAACCUGCCGUUGGAGUACAUCAGCCACUUCCUCACCUUCUCGGCCCGCACUUCAGCCAACCAGACCCAGGACCUCAUCGACAGCAAGCUGGACAAGAGGCGGAAGGGUGUGUUUGGGCCACCCCUUGGGCGCAACUUCAUCUUCUUCAUCGAUGACCUGAACAUGCCAGCCCUGGAGACAUAUGGUGCACAGCCACCCAUUGAGCUAUUGCGCCAGUGGAUGGACCAUGGAGGCUGGUAUGACCGCAAGAUCAUCGGAGCCUUCAAGAACCUGGUGGACAUCAACUUUGUCUGUGCCAUGGGCCCACCGGGAGGAGGCAGGAAUGCCAUCACCCCAAGGCUUACACGUCACUUCAACUACCUGUCCUUUGUCGAGAUGGAUGAGACCAGCAAGAAAUGCAUCUUCUCUACCAUUCUGGGCUGUUGGAUCAAUGGACUCCUUGGAGAAAGAAGUUACCGAGAGCCUGUGCCCGGGGCUCCCCAUCUUGCUGCCUUCAAGGAUCCCCUGGUGGAAGCCACCAUCAUGGUAUAUGCUACCAUCACCUCGCAGCUGCUGCCCACUCCAGCCAAGUCCCACUAUACCUUCAAUCUAAGGGAUCUCUCCAAGGUCUUCCAGGGCAUGCUCAUGGCUGACCCAGCCAAGGUUGAGGACAAGGUGCAACUACUGCGACUGUGGUACCACGAGAACUGUCGCGUGUUCCGCGACCGACUGGUGAACGAGGAGGAUCGCAGCUGGUUUGACAAGCUCCUAAAAGGCCACAUGGAGAAGUGGGAGGUGACCUUUGAAAAGGUCUGCCCCUUCCAGCCCAUUCUUUACGGGGACUUCAUGGCACCAGGCUCGGAUGUGAAAUCCUAUGAACUCAUCACCAGCGAGCAAAAGAUGAUGCARGUCAUCGAGGAGUACAUGGAGGACUACAAUCAGAUCAACACAGCCAAGCUGAAGCUGGUCCUCUUCAUGGACGCCAUGAGCCAYAUCUGCCGCAUCAGCCGUACUCUGCGUCAGGCACUGGGCAACGCACUCCUGCUGGGCGUGGGUGGCAGUGGACGCAGCUCCCUCACGAGACUUGCCUCGCACAUGGCUGAGUACGAGUGCUUCCAGAUUGAGCUAUCCAAGAACUAUGGCAUGUCUGAGUGGCGUGAGGAUGUCAAGAAGGUCCUGCUCAAAGCCGGCCUGCAAAACCAGCCCAUCACCUUCCUGUUCUCAGACACUCAGAUCAAGAACGAGUCCUUUCUGGAGGACAUCAACAAUGUCCUGAACUCAGGCGACAUUCCCAACAUCUACAGCCUUGAUGAGCAGGACCAGAUUGUCAACACCAUGAGGCCCUAUAUCCAGGAGCAGGGCCUGCAGCCCACCAAGGCCAAUCUCAUGGCUGCCUACACGGGGCGCGUACAAAGCAACAUCCACUUGGUGCUGUGCAUGAGCCCCAUUGGAGAGAUCUUCCGAGCUCGCCUGAGGCAGUUCCCCUCCCUCGUCAACUGCUGUACCAUUGACUGGUUUAACGAGUGGCCAGCAGAGGCCCUGGAAUCCGUGGCCACCAAGUUCCURCAAGAGAUCCCAGAACUGGAAUCUUCUGCCGAAAUCAUUAAAGGACUGACUCAGGUUUGCGUGUAUAUCCACCAAUCAGUGGCCAAGAAGUGCAUCGAGUACCUGGCAGAGCUGGCCCGCCACAAUUAUGUGACCCCCAAGAGCUAUUUGGAGUUGCUCCAUAUUUUCUCCAUCCUCAUUGGGCAGAAGAAGCUGGAGCUUAAAACUGCCAAAAACCGCAUGAAGAGUGGCCUUGAUAAGUUACUGCGGACUUCUGAAGAUGUAGCCAAGAUGCAGGAAGAGCUGGAGGUUAUGCGUCCCCUGCUGGAAGAGGCUGCCAGGGACACUGUGCUCACUAUGGAGCAGAUCAAGGCGGAUACAACCAUUGCYGAGGAGACCCAGAAAUCAGUGCAGGCGGAGGAGAUAAAGGCCAAUGAGAAGGCCAGAAAAGCACAAGCUAUUGCUGAUGAUGCUCAGAAGGAUCUGAAUGAGGCACUCCCAGCCCUGGAUGCGGCCCUGGCCAGCCUGCGCAACCUCAACAAGAGUGAUGUGACUGAGGUGCGUGCCAUGCAGCGGCCACCCCCAGGCGUGAAGUUGGUCAUAGAAGCUAUGUGCAUCAUGAAGGGUAUCAAGCCCAAGAAGGUACCUGGAGAGAAACCGGGCACCAAAGUGGAUGACUACUGGGAGCCAGGCAAGGGGCUUCUGCAGGACCCGGGUCGCUUCCUAGAGAGUCUCUUCAAGUUUGACAAGGACAACAUUGGGGAUGUGGUGAUCAAGGCCAUCCAGCCAUAUAUUGACAAUGAGGAGUUCCAGCCAGCUGCCAUUGCCAAGGUGUCCAAGGCCUGUACCUCUAUCUGCCAGUGGGUACGCGCCAUGCACAAGUACCACUUUGUGGCCAAGGCUGUGGAGCCCAAGCGGCAAGCCCUGCGGGAGGCCCAGGAUGACCUGGAGGUGACACAGAAGAUCCUGGAAGAGGCCAAGCAGCGCCUGCGGGAGGUGGAGGAGGGCAUCGACACCAUGCAGGCAAAGUACCGAGAAUGCAUCGCCAAGAAGGAGGAGCUGGAAGUGAAGUGUGAUCAGUGUGAGCAGCGGCUGAACCGGGCUGACAAGCUCAUCAAUGGACUGUCGGAUGAGAGGGUGCGUUGGCAGGAGACAGUGGAGAACCUGGAGAACAUGCUUGACAACAUCUCUGGUGAUGUGAUAGCGGCCGCCGGCUUUGUGGCCUACCUGGGCCCCUUUACAGGCCAGUACCGCACAGCGCUCUAUGACCAGUGGAUCCAGCAGCUCACAAAACAUAAAGUCCCGCACUCCUCCGAGCCCUCGUUGAUUGGGACACUGGGGAACCCUGUGAAGAUCCGCUCAUGGCAGAUUGCUGGCCUCCCAAAUGACACUUUAUCAGUGGAGAAUGGGGUCAUCAAUCAGUUCUCCCAGCGCUGGACCCACUUCAUUGACCCCCAGAGCCAGGCCAACAAAUGGAUCAAGAACAUGGAGAAAGACAGUGGGCUGGAUGUGUUCAAGCUGAGUGACCGCGACUUCUUGCGCAGCAUGGAGAAUGCCAUCCGCUUUGGAAAGCCGUGCCUUCUGGAGAACGUGGGCGAGGAACUAGACCCAGCCCUAGAGCCCGUGCUGCUCAAGCAGACAUACAAGCAACAGGGGAACACAGUGAUGAAGCUGGGGGACACAGUGAUCCCCUACCAUGAGGACUUCAGGAUGUACAUCACCACCAAGCUGCCCAACCCGCACUACACGCCCGAGAUCUCCACUAAACUCACCCUCAUCAACUUCACUCUGUCACCCAGUGGCCUAGAGGACCAGCUACUGGGCCAGGUAGUGGCUGAGGAGCGACCCGACUUAGAGGACGCCAAGAACCAGCUGAUUAUUAGUAAUGCCAAGAUGCGUCAGGAGCUCAAGGACAUUGAAGACCAGAUCCUGUACCGGCUCAGCUCCUCUGAGGGCAACCCUGUGGAUGACAUGGAGCUCAUCAAAGUGCUAGAGGCUUCCAAGAUGAAGGCUGCUGAGAUCCAGGCCAAGGUCAGGAUUGCAGAGCAGACAGAGAAGGACAUUGACCUCACGCGCAUGGAAUACAUACCCGUGGCAGUCCGCACCCAGAUCCUCUUCUUCUGUGUGUCCGACCUGGCCAAUGUGGACCCCAUGUACCAGUACUCCCUCGAGUGGUUCCUCAAUAUCUUCCUCUCAGGCAUUGCCAACUCAGAGAGGGCAGAAAACCUGAAGAAGCGCAUCAGCAACAUCAACCGCUACCUGACCUAUAGCCUCUACAGCAACGUCUGCCGCAGCCUCUUUGAGAAGCACAAGCUGAUGUUCGCUUUCCUACUGUGCGUCCGCAUCAUGAUGAACGAGGGCAAAAUCAACCAGGCUGAAUGGCGCUACCUCCUGUCUGGGGGCUCUAUCCAGAGCAUGACUGAGAACCCUGCACCAGACUGGCUGUCAGACCGGGCCUGGCGAGAUAUCUUGGCACUCUCGAACCUGCCCACAUUUUCUUCCUUCCCCUUGGAUUUCACAAAGCACCUCUCAGAAUUCCGAGUCAUCUUUGACAGCCUUGAGCCCCACCGGCAGCCCUUGCCUGGCAUCUGGGACCAAUUCCUGGACCAGUUCCAGAAGCUGCUGGUCCUCCGCUGCCUGCGUGGGGACAAGGUUACCAAUGCCAUGCAGGACUUUGUGGCCACCAACCUGGAACCACGCUUCAUUGAACCCCAGACGGCCAACCUGUCAUUGGUGUUCAAAGAGUCCAACUCCACCACACCUCUCAUCUUUGUACUGUCACCUGGCACAGACCCUGCUGCUGACCUCUACAAGUUUGCUGAAGAGAUGAAGUUCUCUAAGAAGCUAUCUGCCAUCUCCUUGGGCCAGGGGCAGGGCCCUCGGGCAGAAGCCAUGAUGCGCAGCUCCAUAGAGAGGGGCAAGUGGGUCUUCUUCCAGAACUGCCACCUGGCGCCAAGCUGGAUGCCAGCUUUGGAGCGCCUCAUCGAGCACAUCAACCCUGACAAGGUGCACCGGGACUUCCGCCUAUGGCUCACCAGCCUGCCCAGCAACAAGUUCCCAGUGUCCAUCCUGCAGAAUGGCUCCAAAAUGACUAUUGAGCCACCACGUGGUGUCAAGGCCAACCUGCUGAAGUCCUACAGCAGCCUCACUGAUGACUUCCUCAAUUCCUGUCGCAAGAUGAUGGAGUUCAAGUCCCUGCUGCUGUCUCUGUGCCUAUUCCAUGGGAAUGCACUGGAGCGUCGUAAGUUUGGGCCUCUGGGUUUCAACAUCCCCUACGAGUUCACAGAUGGAGACCUGCGCAUCUGCAUCAGUCAGCUCAAGAUGUUCCUAGACGAGUAUGAGGACAUCCCCUACAAGGUCCUCAAGUACACGGCAGGGGAGAUCAAUUAUGGGGGUCGCGUCACAGACGACUGGGACCGCCGCUGUGUCAUGAAUAUCCUGGAGGACUACUACAAGCCUGCCGUACUCUCCCCUGAUCAUGUCUACAGUAACUCGGGCAUCUACCACCAGAUCCAACCCACCUAUGACCUCAAUGGCUACAUGAACUAUAUCAAGAGCCUCCCACUCAACGAUAUGCCUGAGAUUUUUGGCCUGCAUGACAAUGCCAAUAUCACCUUUGCCCAGAAUGAGACUUUUGCCCUGCUGGGCUCCAUCAUCCAGCUACAGCCCAAAUCAUCCUCUGUCGGCGGCCAGGGCAGGGAAGAGAUAGUAGAAGAUACAGCCAAGAACAUUCUGCUCCAGGUGCCUGAUCCAAUCAACUUGCAAUCAGUGGUAGCCAAAUAUCCUGUGCUAUAUGAAGAAUCAAUGAACACAGUGCUAGUACAAGAGGUCAUUAGGUACAACCGGCUGCUGCAGGUGAUCACACAGACACUACAAGACCUACUCAAGGCACUCAAAGGGCUGGUGGUAAUGUCCUCACAACUGGAGCUGAUGGCUGCCAGCCUGUACAACAACAGUGUGCCUGAGUUCUGGAAUGCCAAAGCCUAUCCAUCACUCAAGCCACUGGCCUCAUGGGUCAUGGACCUGUUACAGCGCCUGGACUUCCUGAAGUCCUGGAUCCAAGGUGGCAUCCCAGCUGUCUUCUGGAUCAGUGGCUUCUUCUUUCCCCAGGCCUUCCUUACAGGCACUCUGCAGAACUUUGCCCGCAAGUUCGUCAUCUCCAUUGACACUAUUUCCUUCGAUUUCAAGGUAAUGGACCUGUCACCAUCAGAGCUCAAGGAAAGGCCCCAACURGGGUGUUAUAUCCAUGGAUUGUUCCUGGAAGGGGCCCGCUGGGACCCACUGGAUUUCCAGCUAACUGAGUCUCGGCCCAAGGAGCUAUACACAGAGAUGGCUGUAAUCUGGCUCUUGCCAACACCCAACCGCAAGGUCCAGAACCAGGACUUUUACCUGUGCCCAAUCUACAAGACGCUGACUCGUGCUGGAACACUAUCAACCACAGGCCACUCCACCAACUAUGUCAUUGCUGUGGAGAUUCCCAGUGACCAACCUCAGCGACACUGGAUAAAGCGCGGUGUGGCUCUCCUUUGUGCCCUGGACUACUAAACUUGGCCAGAAGGGCUAGAGCCAUUAAAGUCACAUUUUUCAGUCAGUCCAGCUUGUCUUGGCUGCUUGAAUGAGGCUCCCUCUGUAGGCUCCACUGCUAGUGUGGG